AUGACCAGGGUGCUGGAGCAGCAGUGUGUGAAGGAGUACAUCCUGGCGCUGUUCUGGCUGCCGCGGGGGGAGCUUCAGGAGGCGGUGCUGUGCUCUGUUUGGACGCCGCACGCACGCUGCCACACCCCCGGCACCCUGUACACCACACACACACAUCUCUGCUUCAGCAGUCGAGAGGAGGGGGUCUGCAGUCUGCUCAUCCCUCUGUGUGAGGUGGUCUCCGUAGAGAAGCCCGAGAGCACGAGCUCGCUGCCCGGCCCGGUCAUCGUGAGCGUGCGCGGCCAGCGGGCCUUCCAGUUCAUCCAGCUGCAGCAGCGCGACCAGCUGGUCCACAGCCUGAACCAGCGGCUCCACUCCCUGCAGGGGAGACCAGCCCUGCGCCAGAGCAAGGAGCCCCGCAGCAGGGCCACCCCGCUCACCUACUACACCUUCUGCUACGACACCGACCAGGAGUCAGAGUCAGGAGAGACCGCAGGGCGACCCAAGAUCAACUCUCAGCCCUUGAUUUCCAUGUUCCGCCAAAACCAGCUAGAUACAUGUUCAAUGGAGCGGGUAAAGGAGCAGUUGUGGGAGGAGCACUUCUCUGAGUUUGGGCGGGGCGUGCACAUGUUCCGCACGGAGAAGGUCCAGAAGCUGGUUGCCAUGGGGAUCCCCGAGAGCCUGCGGGGGGGGCUGUGGAUGACUGUCUCAGAUUCCACCUCGGAGGUGCAGGGCCACCCGGGUUACUACGGUAACCUGCUGGAAGAAUCGCUGGGCCGGAGCAGCCUGGCGACGGAGGAGAUUGAGAGGGACCUGCACCGCUCCCUCCCCGACCACCCAGCGUUCCAGAACCCGGCGGGAAUCUCCGCCCUGCGGCGCGUCCUCACCGCAUACGCCCACCGCAACCCCAAAAUCGGCUACUGUCAGUCGAUGAACAUCCUAGCCUCGGUCUUCCUCCUGUACUGUAAGGAGGAGGAUGCAUUCUGGCUGCUGGUGGCCGUGUGUGAGAGGAUGCUCCCCGAUUACUUCAACCGCAGAGUCAUCGGAGCGCAGGUAGACCAGUCCGUAUUUGAGGAGCUGAUCGUCGAGCGCCUGCCUCUUCUGGCGGAGCACAUCCCGGACCUGUCUCCACUCUCGUCCGUGUCGUUGUCCUGGUUCCUGACUCUGUUCGUGAGCGUGAUGCCGUUCCGCUGUGCGGUGUGUGUGAUCGACUGCUUCUUCUUCCACGGGAUCAAAGCCAUCCUGCAGCUGGGCCUAGCUGUGCUGGAGGCCAACACCACCGCACUGUGUGCCAGCGCUGACGAGGGGCACGCCCUCAUCAUCCUCACCAGUUUCCUGGAUCAGGUAAAGAAUGAUGAAGCCCCUGUGCUUCGGUCAGAGGGAGAGGCGGGGUCAGAGGGGACUCAGAUCAGUGAUCUCAUCAGCAACGCCUACGAGAAAUUCGGGGAUCUGACGGUUCAGCAGGUGGAGCGGAUGAGAUGCAGACACAGGAUCCAGGUUCUGCAGACACAUGAGAACACAGCCAAGGAGAAUACUCUGAGGGUCGUGACCCCUGAUGUCUCCCUCUCCCCUGAAGACCUGGCAGAUGUGUAUGACCUUUUCAAGACCGAGUACUUCAUGAACCUGUACUGGGGAGGGUCCCAGGGUGGGCCCUUGAGGCACCAUGACCCCGGCCGGCCGUACACGGAGCAGUACCAGUUGGACCGGACCCAGUUUAAGAGCCUGUACCAGCUGCUGGCUCCCUGGCUGUGUGGCACACACACCCACACUGUGGCUAACCGCACCUUCAGCCUGCUCAGCCCAAACACCGAUUCCCUCCUCAACUUCAGACAGCUCGCCCGCUGGCUGGAUACACUGUACUGCGGGGAGCUGAACGAGAAGAUCCGUUUGCUGUACCAACUGCACAUUCCACCAGCUCUCACUGAGAAUGAGGAUGACCCCUCCCCCCUGAUGACCCCUCCCCCCUUGAUGUCCACUGCCAGGCCUCUCUACACGGAGUGUCCUAACGGGGAGAUGAAGGACUACCAAGAGCAGCUGAAGCAGAUGCUGAAGGACCUGGCCCAGGAGAAGGAGCUGAGUGUGGAGAAGCCUUUGCCCUCGAUGACCCAGAGGGAGUUUAUCCAGUUCUGUAAGACGCUGUCCAGCAUGUUCCACGAGGACUCGGAGGAGAGUGAGCUCUUCCAGGCCCUGGCCACGGUGACCAGCCUGGUCCUGCAGAUCGGGGAGGUGGAGCACAGGAGCCGCUGCACGGGGGCGCCCCCCUCCCCUGGCCAGUCGGGCCCCCGGAACGAGUGGACCGUCAGCUUCGCCCAAAUCCUGGCCUCCCUCCUCACAGAGCAGUCUCUUGUCAACUUCUUCGAGAAGCCCGGCGACCUGAAGGCCAAGAUCGCCCUGGCUCGGGAGAGGCAGUACCAGGAGCGGGUGGGGCUGCUGGAGGUCCGGCAGGGCCCGGGCUGAGGUCCGAUUACCCACAAUCCUGCAGCCAUCCACCCGGAAGACUCCGGGGCGUGCCUUUGUGCCUUUAAUGAAAACACAGACUGUCUCACAGGCGACGGGCAGCAGACAGGGCCAAAUGGAGGAGAGGAGGUCUCUGGAUCUGGGAUCCGCCCUCAUGUUGUCCUUGUCAUGUGUGACCAGACAGAGCCCCAAACAGAGAGAGAGAAUCUUUUAUUUCACAACACGUCUCUCUGUCCCGCAUAUUUACUGCCUGCAAGUGGGGUGUGUGCUUUUAGUUUUUUAUAAGAUUUUAUUUGAAAAGGAAAUGCCUUAAUAUAAUCCUUGUUUUUUUCAUAUCGGUACACUAUUACUGAGAUAAGAAAUUUAAGCCAUUCUUUAUCACACACACAUACACACACCCACACACGCACAUGCACGAACGCAUGCACGCAUGCACGCACGCACACACAGCACUCGCGGUCACACAUGCACACACACACACACGGUCACACAUGCACACACACGCACACACACACACACACACACACACACAGCAGGGAGCAGGGAGAGCCCUGGCAUGGGCACUGAGGCACAGCUGGGGAUGUUGCUGGUUCGAGUCCCAUGCUGUCCUUUCAGUGCCAGAGGGAGUGCCCCCUCAUCCCUGCACCAAUCAGGCCACUCACCCCGAGGCACAUGAUAAAGAAACAGGGAAAUGCUCCUGCUAGUGCUUAGCAUGCGUCUAAAGGUAUAGUUAAUGUGCGAAUAUAGUAUCUCAGGUUUAGUGUAUGAUAGUGUAUGAUUGUGAUUGGCCCCUUUUUGUGCUCUGAAGGAUAUUUACUGAUGAUCCUCUGAUGACCUGGCAGCUUCACAGUGGAAGGUCCGGGUCAUUCCGGGUCAUUCCGGGUCAUUCCGGGGCUUGUGGUCAAAAGCAGGAAAUACACUUCAGGCAGCUUGUACAGAAACACAAGAGGUUAUGAUAUGCAUCUUAUCCCAUUAUUCUUCAAUAAAUCACGUAAAAAUACAUUUCUGGAUGGAAGGCUUUUCUCUGAAGCCUGAGACUGCUGCGGUCACAGAAAGGACCGGAAUCUGUGACAUAAAAACUCAUAAAUAUAAAUAUAAAUUUAAAUUUAAAUAAAAACUCAUAUUUAUAACUGCAUAUUGACUUGCCCUGGAAACAGCUCUGUGUGCUGCUCUGCUCUGAGCUCACUGCUUUAGCCUCACACGUCCGUUCAUCAGUCCUAAUAGCACACACAGAGAGUAUUGGCCAAUCAACAAAAUACAUGAAAUCUAAAAUUAAUUUAAUUUAAUUGAAAAAAAAACUGAAACUGAAAGUGUGCAAUCUCUUUAAUGUUUAAAGUCGAGAGCAGUUUUAUGUACGAACACACUUCCUCUUGUAUCUGUCCAUCCUGUGAAAACUCUAACUCUGCCUGCCUGUAUGAUUCGACCUUAGAGCCUUUUUCAAACAGGAAGUGCUGCAUGGGGUUGUGGAGUGAUCUCGGGGGAAGUUCCGCAUCGAUGUGGAAUCCUGGGAGGAGCUCGUCACUCUCUGGGGCCUGAAUCAAGUCAUUUACAUUUCUCAGUUUGUCAGUUUAUGGGGAACUGUGAAAACCAUGUAGCCUUGUUUCCUUCUGAAAACUUUCAGAAUGACACAUCUUUCAAUGCUUAAAAACCAUGGGAAAGUCUCUUCUACAUAGAAUAAAAUGAAAAGGUUUUAUAAAUGUAUUGUUUUUGAUUUCAGAAAACUUCUUUGUGAUUUGCACAAACUGCUUGCUUGGAAAAUCACGUGUUUUGUUAGUCCAAUAUGUGAUCUGAUUUCAUCAACAUUUUCUCUUUUUAUUUUAUUUUUUUCUUUAUUUGUACUUUGAAUUAAGGAACAGCUGGAACCAAGACUAAACAUGCAGCCAUGCAAUGUAUGUUAGCGUUAGAAUUAGCAUUAGGGUUAGCGUUAGCAUUAGCCGGGUACAAACCGCUGUUUGAACAGUAUUAAUGAACUGCUGAGAAUGUGAAAUACUCCUGAUGACCAUGAACAGCCUUGUGAAGUGGGUGGGGCUCGCAGAGGCUGUGAAGUGGGUGGGGCUCGCAGAGGCUGUGAAGUGGGUGGGGCUAGCAGAAGCUGGCCAAUCAGCUUCUUAUAAUGGAAAUUGAAAGCCUGUGAUUGAUAGCAUGUCCUUUGUCCUUUACCUGGUGGUGAUCAAGCCAAAUGAAAUGUGGUCUUUUACAUUACUGCCAUUGUUGUGCUGUGCUGUGGCCACGUUUAGGCCAAUCAGAAGCCAGCGGAUCAGGUCCAAUCAAGAGCCAAAGAACCAUGCGUCACAUGACUCUAUAAAAGAGCUGAAGCCCCGCCCUGAUGCUGUCAGAACAUCAGAGUCCAGAAAAGCACCAAAGUGCCAUGUAUGAAGAGGCUUCUGUCAUGUUUAUUACUCAUAUUAUUAUUAUUAUUAUUAUUAUUAUUAUUUUGAUUACAAGAUUUUAGACAUUUGUUUUUUUGUUUUUUUAAAUUACAUGACCAACAAGAUAAAAAAACUAAAAACUUUG